AUGGAUUCAUCAAAAAUCUACACCUAUUGGGACCAUACAUUCGCAUGGUCGCCCCUUCAUCAGACGAGGGAACAGUUGCGUUCAAAGAUGCACACUUAUGACAGGCUUGGGGAUGAAUGUAUCGACCAAAUUAACGAUAUCGGCCGUCAGGUAGUUAAUCAAGACAGGCAAAAUGAUCCAGCCAGGAAGUUACCUGAUCUGGAUGUGUACAUCAUGCUGAAGGAUCACGCAAAAGAUGAUCGGAAGCUUAGUGAACUCUGGGCACAAGUCAACACAGUGCCGGACUGGGUUGAUUGGCAGCAGAUCAAACGGGGACAGGAGGUGUUCUUCCGUUAUGGGCUUCCCAUUCUGAACGUGGUAAGUCUAGCAUCUAAUCUAGUGACGACUUCAAGCAUAAGCACUGAUAAAUGCCAGCUGAACUUUGAAAGCCUCUUGGGCGGCAUGUUAGUCACUCUGCAGAAAGUUCCACCAGGCUUCGACUUAUUCCUACUUAGGGGCUCACCAAGUGUCGUUAAGGCCUUAAACUUAUGUGGAGGCUUCAACAAUAUAUAUGUCGUGCGGAAGAGACUGCUGGAGACCCUACAGUUUAUCCUCCAGGUCUCUGAAUCCGUUGACGCAAUGAAGCCAGGCGGUGUUGGUAAUAUCUCAUGCAUCCGCGUUCGGCUGCUGCAUGCUUAUCUUCGCUCCUUGAUUUGCGUUCGGGAAAGGUAUGACAAUGAGAGGUACGGAGUCCCUAUAAACGACCUUGACAGCCUUGCAACAAUUAGCAGUUUCUCGUCCAUCAUCAUCUGGCUUGGCCUCCCCCGGCAAGGUAUCUGGCUCCGCAAGCAAGAGAUAGACGACUACCUAGCUCUCUGGAGGCUGGUAGCCUACUACCUAGGUGUCCCAGACGAACCUUUUGCUAGCCAGCAAACCGCACGAGCGCUAAUGGAAUCUCUCCUUGUAUCGGAGGUGGAUCCCAUAAACAUUGGUAGAGUCCUAGCUCGUAAUAUACUCAACGGCCUGGAGAACAAAGCCCCAGCGCAUGCGUCAAUGGGAUUCAUGGAGGCUAUGGUUCGACUUCUAAAUGGGAAGCAACUCUCUGACAGCCUUCAAAUCCCUCAACCCACACUGUACUAUCGGGUUCUGAUAUACGGGUACUGCUUCUUUGUCAUGGCGUUAGCAUAUGGUACCCGGUUGUUUCCGAAGCUCGAUCAAAGGUUUAUCGCGUAUCGUCGUCGAUACUAUUACACCAUGAUAACCGACCGAGAAAAAGGGCUUGGAGGCGAGUCGCUCUUUGACUUUGUAUACAAGCCAUCUCAUGCAGGGCUGCUUUAUAAAGCAGUGACGGUCAAGGAGAAAGAAAAGAUUCCGAAAACAUCGCGACGCGGCAUUGAAGCACUGGCCCGAGUCGGUCUGGUGGCUGCAUUUAUUACUGUUGUGACUUUGCUCGAUGGGGGAUAUUAUGUGAUUCGUAUAGUGAUGCGAGUAUUCUUUUCCAAGAUCAGAUAUCAAUAG